AUGAGAGAAGAGCAUAAGGAGUGGAUCCAUUCUUUUCCUUGGUUUAUCAGUGGGAUCCUGAAGGUUGGAGUAGCAAUUAGGGAAGAUUCAGACAAGCUUCUUCAGGGUCAUGGAAUAACAGUGAAUGGGUGUGUGGAUUUGCGUCACCUUGCUGUCCUGCAUCCUAUCGCCAAGCAGAUGAAUGGCCGCUUUGGUCUCGAUUCCUUGGCCUCCCAUUUCCUCCAGCUGAAAUUAAACAAGAACUGGCGGCUCAGGUGCAGCGAUUGGAAUGCAGAUGAGCUGUCAAACAAGCAGGUGGAAUAUGCUGCUCUUGAUGCUCUUGCUGCCCUUGCUGUUUUCCUCAGACUCUACUCAGAUGAUCUGAAACAAAGCCUAUGCUUCCUUCUUUCACCCUUGGAUCUUCAACAAGUGCAUGGAUCAUUGCAUACCAUGUGCCUGGGAUUCAAGGAUGUCAAGUUCAAGAAAGUCCCUGGAGAAUUGAGGGGAGAGAAGGAAAAGAAGAAAAAUAGAGGGAGAGGAGAUGGGAAGUGGAAAAAAGAGGAAGAUAGCAAAAAGGGUGAGAAGCAGAUCUUCAGCACAAAGAAGAGUCCAUAUUACUCCAACUGCUACCUCUGGGCUCCAGAUGGAACUCCACUCACAAUGUGCACUGCAAAGAGAGCCAACUGGUAUUUGUUGCAGAAUCUGGGAACAAAGGAAGCAGAAGAUCCAUUAAUCGUAAGGCUGAAUUUUGAGCCCAGUGGUGGACCAGAGGGUGAUGGGGAAUACUACGUACAUGAAAAGAGGAAUCAAUGUGUUGUGUGCGGUUCCACCAAGGAACUUCUCACAAAAUAUGUUGUCCCUCAUGAGUAUCGCACACAUUUCCCAGCCUUCCCUUUCUUUGUCUUCCCAGACUUGAUGAAGAGCCAUUUGAGUCAUGAUAUCCUUCUCUUCUGCCUCUCUUGCCAUCUGAGGGCCAGUGCCUUUGAUUCUCAUCUCAGGGAUAUCUUGGCAGAAGAAUGCAAUGCUCCUCGGAAUGGCAGUGCCGAUCUUGAGGGUGCAAACCUCAUCAUCACUAAUACUAUGCAAAUGCAGAAAAGCGAAGAGAGCAAGCUGCGGGAACUGAGGGCAGUGAAAUCAGCUGGAAAAGCCUUAAAACAAGCAAAGAACCUGCCAGGAGUGAGGCGGAAGGAACUUGAGAAGAUCCUGAGUGAGCAUUUUGGAGUAAAGGAGAUUGAUGAUGAGAUGGUGGAAUGUGCCUCCACUUACCCCAUCAUGACGAGAAACCCCAGUUAUGUGUCUCAUGGAGAAAUGGUUGUUCGGCAUUAUGCUGCAAAUGCGGGAUUGAUGGAGCUGGAAAGGCGUUGGAGGCAGCACUUUCUUGAUACAAUGCAUCCCAGAUACCUGCCUGCCAUGUGGUCUGUGUCCCACAAUCACCAUCGUCUCCGAGAGUCCUUUCAACAAGGGCAGCCGGCAGAAUCGGAAGAUUUUGACGAAAUCGGUGAAGCACUCCUUGGCCUUGAGAGAGCUGCCUCUCUUGAUGCAGGAACUCAAAUCCCCCUUGAUUAAUGUACUGCCUUUGCACCCUUUUUUGUGAUGCUUUUCUUUGUUGAUGCAUUCAUCCACCAGAACAUGUGCCUGACUGCCUAAUGAUUCAGUGUUGAUGCCAACAUGAUCUCCUACCAUGAGACACGCGCGGUUUCUGACUCAGCCAAUAAGCAUCAUGCUGACAUCACUCCGAGGAUGACACAACUUCGCACUACCUCUGUUUUUUUUUUUUUUUUUUUUUUCCACAGGAGGCUCCUUGUUGAAUGAUUCUAUGUAUCCCGAACGUUCACCAUGUAUGAAUGUCCUUCCCAAUGCACAUACAGGGCACAAAGGGCACAUCCAAGGUUACUUGUAUCUCACCUGAUUGUCACCAUGUGCAUUAACCCACGGUCCACUUAUAUAUGAGAAGCAGCAGUGAUGGCUGAACAUGCAACAAAAAGGCAUUAUACUUUUUCUAAGGCGAAUCCUAGUGGUAGAACUCUUAAUAAAAAGAUGAGAUUUCAUCAUUAAUGAAAGCAACAACAAACAAACUUCUAUGAAAAGGAUAUGGAAACCUUCGCCCUGAGGAGAGUGAAAAUUAGUCAGCCGACCUGAAAAGAAAUAGAGAUGUCGAAACUAAGUAUUUUUGGCAUAUGUGGUACAUAGAAUUGUCAAGGUCAUGCAGAUGAUCCAGGACUCGAGGAGGUUUUUUUAUCAUUAUAUUUAAAGGGUAUCAGCUACAUGACAUCUAUCCCUAAGUAAAUGAAGCCACAAUUUCGAAUGGUUAUUAAGCAUUUGCAAAAUUGACUUUCCGAUAGGGCUCUUCCGAUGCAUCGGCAGCCAUCAUUCGACCGCCGAUAUGACCUUAUCCGCACCAUCGGCAUGAUUUCACACUGCCGAUACGGAUGGCAUAUACAACCCCCCUCCUCUCAUCCCCCUACUCCUCCUCCCCGCAAGAAGGAACAGGUGCUUCCGGCAUUUUCCCUGCAAGAAAUCGAUGUAGUACAUGCCACGAUUAAAAUCUCUCUUUGGUUGAGACCCGGGUCUCGUGAUGGAAUCGGGCAUGCCUCUGGACUUCUCUGUUCCAAGCAUAUGCAGGGCUCUUCCGGGCGACUGAAAUCUUUACAUUGCAUCAGCCAACAGCAAUCCCCCCAUGCAGAUGACAGCGUCUUAUCGUAGGCU